UAUCAAGGAGACAAAAAUGGUAACUUUAUCGGCGACUUCGACGAGCAUUGUUGCUUCAUGGGACACUCAACAGAGGCUUUCUUACAAUCCCAAUGCCCCAAAAAACCCCAACAAGAAACCCAAUUCUCUAUCUCUUUCGCCGACUUCACAAACCACCGGAAAUGCUACCUUAACCGCAACGAACAUUCGAACCAACCAAAUUGUCUCCGACCUCCUCAACCGUCGCAAUCCCAGCUCAAUUGAAGGCAGCAAAUUAGUGGAGCCAGAUGGUCUCUAUUUGGGAUAUGAUCAGUGGUUGCCAGAUCCACCAAAGGUGCAGAAGCCCCGAUCCGUGUUCAAUGCAGCUUCAUUAGCUUAUAUUGGCGAUUGCAUCUAUGAGCUAUAUGCUCGCAGGCACUUUCUGUUCCCUCCGUUGAGUAUUGAAGAAUACAAUGACCGUGUUAUGGCUGUUGUACGUUGUGAAGCACAAGAUGUUCUACUCCAAAAACUUCUAAUUGAUAAUUUCUUAACAGAGGUAGAGAGGGACAUCCUUCGAUGGGGAAAAAAUGUUGGUUCCUCCUCUAAAACACGAACAAAAAAACGUGCUGGUGCUGCAGUUUAUAAUCGAGCAUCUUCGCUAGAAACCUUAAUUGGUUACCUUUACCUGAACAAUGUGAAACGGUUGGAUGAAAUCAUGCAAAAACUUGGCUUCUCAACCGAUUCAUCCUUGCAAUUGAUUUCAGAGGAAUCAAAUAUUUUUCCACCAGACGACCAACCAAGCAACUGAGCAAGUUAGGUGAUGAAGACAAUACCUGAUCAUUAUUAAGCUAAACCACAAUACUGCGCUAAUACUUCAAAAUGGAUGAAUCCAUCGAUGUCUUUACAAUUGAUCAGAAAUCAAUUUGUGGCUACUGGAUCUGCAUGCUCUCUGUACAUCUUACGCCCUUCAUUCCAAUUCAUAAAGUUUUAUGCAAAAUGGCAUGUUUAGCUGACAGUUUUAGUUUUUAGUUAAUCUCUUCCUUGUACUUUGUGGGAGUUCUGUAAAUUGUUCUAUAAAACUCAGUUGUCACUUCCCACUUACCAUGUUGUAUUCUGAUGAAGUGAUGAUGUCUCCCAUUUCUAUCUGUAACAACAUUGCAUUGUAAUAGAGAUAUCACACCUUCUAGGAGAUGUUUGGCUCAUGAUUUGGAAAUUGAACAUAAUCUGUUUGGACUU